AUGGCAGAAGUAGUACAAGUACACAAGGAUUGGGUCGGGUCAUUACCCUCCGGGAAAAAGAUAACAGUUGUUUUUGUCAUAGGAGGGCCAGGCAGUGGCAAAGGCACUCAGUGUGCUAAGAUUGUGAGUCAGUUUGGGUUCACCCAUCUGAGUGCUGGCGAUCUUCUUCGCGAAGAAGUUAAAUCUGAUACCGAGCAAGGUGCAAUGAUCAAGAAUCUCAUGCAUGAAGGAAAGCUUGUGCCUUCUGAGAUCAUCGUUAGGCUACUGUUAAAGGCCAUGCUUGCAAGUGGAAAUGAUAAGUUUCUCAUUGAUGGAUUUCCGCGAAAUGAAGAGAACCGCGAAGCAUACGAGAAGAUUAUUAAGAUAGAACCUGAGUUCGUAUUACUGAUUGACUGCUCAAGGGAAGAGAUGGAGCGGCGCAUUCUACAUCGAAACCAGGGAAGAGAUGAUGACAACAUGGAAACCAUUCGUCGGCGGUUCGAAGUUUUUCAGCAAUCAACUCUGCCUGUUAUUCAGCACUAUGAGAAAAUGGGAAAGCUUCGAAGGGUUGAUGGUGACAGGCAGCCAGACAUGGUGUUCGAAGACGUGAAGGCCAUCUUCGCGCAACUAAACACUCAGGCAAACGAAGGCAGCAACAUAAGCAGAGCACAAAUUAAUCCAUUCAAGCGUUGGUUUCUCGACCUUUUCUGCAGUUGCUUCGAUUUGCAAGACAGAAGGAACUGA